AGCAAUAUAAACCCAGAGACAACAUUCAGUUUCAGUAGACACCAGCCGACCACAGCCAACACAGACUCAAGAUGCCUUUCAAGCCACACUACCUGUUGGUGUCCCUGACUCUCUGCUGGUCCGUGGCUCUUCAAGCAUUCCCCAUGAACGGCUGUGCUGCAUGUCAGAAGUGUCGCUGCAUCCGGACGUCCUCUGCUUUCAUCUCUCCUCGGCUGUUCCACAGGAUAGAGAUCCUACCUCCAGGUGCCCACUGUCGUCAAACAGAGAUCAUCGUUACCAAGAAGGACAAAGCCACCGUCUGUGUGACUCCAGAUGCAAGAUGGAUCAACAAAGUCAUUGUCAAGUUACAAAGUACCAACAAGAAGAAGAGAAGUGCAGAACUUCCUCAUCUCAACCACCAUUGAGUGAAUUGGAACAGGAAUGUAUCAAGUUGGAGCUAAAUGGAAAUGUGAUACCAAUGUAAUACCAAUGUGAUACCAAUGUGAUACAAAUGUAAUACCAAUGUGAUACCAAUGUGAUACCAAUGUAAUACCAAUGCGAUACCAAUGUAAUGCCAAUAUAAUACCAAUGUGAUACCAAUGUGAUGCCAAUGGAUUCUAUUCAAAUACGAUUCCAAUACCAACGUAAUUAGUUUAUCUUAAAUGAUUUCAGUAUGUAUUGAAUGUGAUUAUUUAAUGUUUUUUUUUAAUCAUGUAUUGGGUCUACCCUUGAAAAAUAAACACAACCUAUACAACAUGUACAAAACAUGAGCAUUUUAUUGCCUGAGGAGGAGGAAGGGUGAAAUGCACAUGUUUACCAUCUUGUUGAUGUGAGCAUCAUUAUCCCAUAAAGUCAGUCAGCCUCUGAUGGGUUGACAUAA